GGGGAGGCGGCUGGGAGCUGCCUGCCCGCCCCUUGGCCUUUGUGGAGGGUCAUGAGUCCUUUAGGCUAAGGAGGGUAGAGCACUCGCAGGUGACUGCAGAGGUGUGGGCGGAGACUCGGCCUCUCCCUCUGGCUGCUUCUGGCUAUUGGUAGGGACCCCCUCUACCUUACAGUGCAGUUCCCCGAGGCUUGGACACUUGUGGUGGUGCGGGAAGAGACCUCCCCAGAGCUGCAGAGACUUCCCGUUUUUCUCCCUGCCCAGUGCUGGGUGUCUCGGAAAGGGGCAUUCACGCUCCUCCUUCCUCCUGUGUCUGGGCAAGAGAUGGCACCGUGGUGGGCCCUUGGUGGAAAGGGAGGCAUUCCCACUGGAAGGGGAGCAGAGGCUCCUGAAACACAGAGGGGGUGCGGGGGGCUGGGCCUCCCUCAGAAGCCACCGCACUGCCCUUAUCCUUCAGCUUCCUCAGGAACGCUGUCAGCUCUGGCACUGAGGGGAGGGAGGGGGCACCAGGUCAGCCGAGACCCUCGGAGCAGGCCUGCGGUUAGGAGGGUCUCAGACGCGGGAGAGGCUGGUGACAGGAUGGGGUCGGGAGCACCCAGAGCUCAGCUGAGGGGUUGCUGGGUCUUUGCCUGCUGGCCUUGUGCUGCUGUUGCUCCUCGGUGCCCUGGGGGCGGGCGGGAGCCUGGGGAAGCUACCAGCCCGCGCACACCUGGAGGCUGUCGAAGCCGGGAUACCUGCUCACAGUCGCUUUGGGUCCCAGGGCCUCCCGCAGGGGCUCCAGCUUCUGCCACCCUCCGCCGGCCCCUCGUCCCGUCUCCCGUGUCCCCGCCGUGGCCUCCUUCCUGUCUUCUCAUAGGCUCCUCCCACUGUGGCUGACGGCAGACUCCCUGGGUUGUAUGUGGAAACCCUCCUCAACGUAGUUUUGGCUAAAAAGAGAAUUUGCGACAGGAUCCCAGGGCUGCUGACCCAGGGUUUCCCACUGAGCAGGAAUGCGGAGCAGGACACAGAAGGGGCAGGCCGUGCGGGUGUGGGGGCGGGAGCCUCUGGUAUAUACUUGGAGGUGCUGAAAACAAGGCAGGGGGCUUGGGGGGCCAGCUGGGACUGGGUGCGUCCAGGCUGGAGGGGAGGGAGAAGAGCCCCAGGGCACAGUCACUGUCCGCCCCACACAGCUCCUUGGAAGGACACACCGCAGCCUGCAGCUGCUGAGGCCUGGAGCAGGAGGCCGGCCUGCAGUGCUGAAGAACUGAUUCCUUCCCCUUGGCGGUUUUUGCUACGUCUGUGUCUUCUCUCGUGUGUGAAGCGAGGGGGUUUCACCAGCAGAUGCUCGGCCGCAGGGCAUCCCCGUAGCCAGGUGCCCACGCCUCACCACAGAUGAGCAUGCCCGCCUGCGACUGGAGGAGAGAGCGGCCCUUCCUGCUGGCACGGGGCACCGUGAGCGGGCCGAGGCCUCCUGUCCUUGCAGGUGGGCCUGUGUCCACUGAGGCCAGUGGCCCUGGGCCAAGCACAGAACUUUGUGCACGGUGGAAAGUCCUCACUGGUUGAGUUCCUAGGACGCUUCGGCCAGGUGGGGGAAGAGCUGGGAUGCGCAGAGGUGGAGUUGGCAUCCCCCAGACAGCCAGGUGCGCAGUGGGCCUGGCCAUCUUGGCAGCACCGACAGCAGCCCCGAUGACCACCCCAGAGGAAAGUCCCUGAGACUUGGGGGAAGCAGACAGUCCAGGGAGAAGAAAGCGGGCAAGAAAGAAAAGGCAUCAUUAACCCCUCAGGGAGGGGAGAGGGAAAGCAGAGCAUGUUGCCAUGAGGCAGCUACUUUCAGAGAGCACAGCUGAGCUUUUCGGGGUUACGAUGACAGAUGGCGACCAGAAAUGGAAGAGAAGGUUGAGGAAAUUCCCCAGAAAACAGAGCAAAAAUACAAACAUAUGGAAAAUAGAGAAAGAAGGAAGGAUUGGCAUGAAGUUGCAUUCAAAUAGUGGAUACCCUUGAAAGAAUGAACGGAGCAAAUGGGUGGAAGAGUGAAGUCCCCAGCAUGCCCCGGAGCGGGGGGUUCCAGGCAGCGGGGUCCUCCGAGCACCCACACCAAGAUGCUUUUAUGGGACAGCCUUCUCCCCAGCUCAGAGGAGGGCACCAUGAACUGAUGGACUUGCUAUGUGAAUGGGCAGGUCCGUGGCCAAGGGAGGCCCGGGAUGCUGGCAGGAGAUGCGGAGAUGGCAUUAGUGACCCCUGCCUGGGGAGCCAAGCUGGCGUGACGUGAGCUGGCUGCCCUGGCCUUGGGGGAGGCAACGUGGAACGCUGCAGACUCGUUAUGAGCAACCCCAGCGCUUGCUUCUGGAGGAAAAGAAAUCGAGCUUGGGGAAGUUCUGCAGCACUUCAGCGAGAGCACGCUGGAGUACCUGGCCAACCUGGACCAAGCCCCAGACCCCACGGUCAGGAAGGACACCUUUGCCACGGACAUCUUCAGUGCCUACGACAUCCUCUUUAACCACUGGCUGCCGAGCCGCGAAGCCAAGCUCCGGCUUGCCGUGGUGGAGGCCCUGGGGCCCAUGAGCCACCUGCUGCCUAGUGAGAAGCUGGAGGAGCAGCUCCCCAAGCUCCUGCCCGGAGUCCUGGCCCUCUACAAGAAGCACGCCGAGACCUUCCACGUGUCCAAGAGCCUGGGCCAGAUCCUGGAGGCUGCGGUGACCGUGGGCAGCCGCACGCUGGAAGCCCAGCUGGACUCCCUCCUGGCCGCUCUGCAUGCUCAGAUCUGCGUGCCUGUGGAGUCAUCCAGCCCCCUGGUGGUGAGCAACCAAAAGGAGGUGCUGCGCUGCUUCACCGUGCUGGCUUCCUGUGCCCCUGACCGCUUACUGGCCUUCCUGCUGCCCAAACUCGAUACCAACAACGAGAGGACCCGCGUGGGCACCCUGCAGGUGGUGCGGCAUGUCAUCAACUCGGCCGCUUCUCAGAUGGAAGUUAAGAAGCCCUUUAUUCUGUCCUCCAUGAGGCUUCCUCUUCUGGACACCAACAGCAAGGUGAAGCGGGCCGUGGUGCAGGUGAUCAGCGCCAUGGCCCACCAUGGCUACCUGGAACAGCCUGGAGGGGAGGCGAUGGUGGAGUACAUUGUGCAGCAGUGUGCGCUGCCCCCCGAGAUGGAGCCUUGGAAGCUGGGCCCCGACAGCGAGGACCUCGCAACAGACAGCGUGCGGGCCAUCAGCAUCAGCACCCUCUACCUGGUCAGCACCACCGUGGACAGGAUGAGCGACCCUGCACUCCCGAGGUGCUGCAGACAGACCACGGCUCUGCCUCCAGGUCCUCUGGCCCUACCUGCUCAAGUUCCUCACACCCGUGCGCUUCACGGGGGCGCUGACCCCGCUCUGCAAGAGCCUGGUGCACCUGGCCCAGAAGAGGCAGGAGGUGGGGGCCGAUGCCUUCCUCGUCCAGUACGACAGCAACGUGACCCUCCCUUCGCCCUACGCCAUAACCACGAGACUUCUGCCUCUCGGGGCUCACGUGGGGCGUGGUGGCCCCUGGAGUGCCUGGAGCUCCCACCUGUACUUCGUCAGACUGUGUCCUCCAACCCCUACCUGGGGGACGGCCGCGGGGCUGCCGCGCUGCGCCUCUUGAACGUCCUGCAUCACAGCAUUCACCCUUCGCUGGGGCAGCGCUGGGCGACCACCAUUCCCCUGCUGCUGGAGCAUCUGGAUGGAUGUACUGAAGAAACCCUGUCCCAGAAGGAGUGGGAGGAGAAGCUCCUGGCGUUCCUUCGGGACACUCUGGCUGCUGCGUCUGACAACACGUGGACCUGCCAGCUGAGCCUGGAGAUGUGCAGACAGCUGUCCUGCUAUGACGCGGAGCCCCAGGAGAAGAACUUCCUGUAUAAAUGCAUUGGAACCACGCUGGGUGCCGCCUCGAGCAAGGACAUGGUGAGGAAGCAGCUGCAGGAGCUGCUGGAGACCGCCAGACACCAGGAGGAGACUGAGCGUGAGGGCCUCGCCUGUUGCUUUGGGAUCUGUGCCAUCUCUCACCUGGAUGAUGUCCUGGCCCAGCUGGAGAACUUCAUGAGGUCGGAUGUGUUCAGAAAAUCCACAGGCAUUUUCAACAUUUUCAAGGACCGAAGUGAGAACGAGGUGGAAAAGCUGAAGAGCACCGUGAUCCUGUGUUACGGCCACGUGGCGGCGCAGGCCCCCCGGGAGCUGGUGCUGGCCAAGGUGGAGUCGGACAUCCUCCGGAAUAUAUUCCAGUACUUCAGCACCAAGGUUCUGGGAAUAAAGGUAGAGACCAAGGACCCGGCCCUGAAGCUGUGUCUCAUCCAGAGCGUGUGCAUGGCCAGCCAGGCCAUCUGCAGCAGCGCACAGGCUAGCUCCUUCCACUUCUCCCGGAAAGCGGAGCUGGUGGCUCAGAUGAUGGAGUUCAUCAAGGCGGAGCCGCAAGACUCCCUGAGAACGCCCAUUCGGAAGAAGGCCAUGCUCGCCUGCACUUACCUGGUCCCCCUGGACCCAGCGCUGGAUGAGCAGGUGCAGGUGGACAUGAUCCACAGCUGUCUGCACAGUGUCCUGCCUGUGCCGCCCGAGCCCGAGGGGGAGGGUGACCACCAGGAGUCCCUGUACCUGGACACCAUGCACACCCUUGAGGAAGUGCUGACGAGCCUCCUUCGGCGAAACAUGACCCCCCAGGGCCUGCAGACCAUGGUGGAGCACCUGAGCCCGUGGAUCAAGUCCCCACGGGGCCACGAGAGGGUGCGGGCACUUGGCCUGAGUGCCUGUCUGCUGCAGUACUUCCUGGAGCACCUGCACGUCAGCGCCCUGGUGCCCUUCCACAACCUGGGCGUCCUCAUAGGCCUCUUCUCCCCUCGCUGUGCGGACCUGUGGCCUGCCACCCGCCAGGAGGCUGUAAGCUGCGUGUAUGCCCUGCUCUACCUGCACCUGGGCUACGAGGGCUUCUCCCGCGACUACCGGGAUGAUGCGAUUGAGCGGCUCCUCACCCUCAAAGAAGGACUCGCGCACCCCGACCCUGCCAUCCUCUUCCACACCUGCCACAGCAUAGCCCAGAUCAUUGCCAAGCGCCUCCCGCCAGAGCAACUCAUCAGCCUCUUGCUGACCAUGUUUGAGGGGCUGGGAGACCCCGACAAGAACUGUUCUCGGGCCGCCACGGUCAUGAUCAACUGCCUGCUGAAGGAGCGAGGCAACAUGCUCCUGGAGAAGGUGCCCGAGAUCGUGAGCGUGCUCCGCUCAAAGCUGCAGGAGACACGGGAGGAGUACGUCCUGCAGGCUGCACGGCACAGCGUGUACCUCCUAGCGUCCCAGCACUGCGCCGCCGUGGUGUCCAGCCUCCUGGGCAGCCCGCUGCCCUUUGACAGCCACACCUGUAUCCUGUGGCGGGCGCUGGCCGUGGAGCCCGGCCUCACCACGCAGGUCCUGGGGCUGCUCCUGGAGAAGAUGAGCAGGGACGUGCCGUUCAAGGAGACCCGGGCCUUCCUGCUGAGCAGCUCUCCGGGCCGCGUGGCCACGCUGCUGCCCCUUGCGGCCACGUGUGCGCUGUAUGAGGUCAUGAGCGUGCUGGCGUCCGGGCCCGCGGUGCUUGAACUCUACCCACAGCUGUUCACGGCUCUCCUGCUGCGCGUCGGCUGCACGGUGGGCGUCGUGCUGCCACGGACGCUGCAGGCCAAGGAGAGAAGGAGCGCGGGCUCCGCUCCGGCCCCCAGGAGCCUCGAGCCCUGCAGCUCUGCCGUGGACGCUCUGCAGGCCGUGCUCCUUCGGGGCGGCAACGAGGAGGUGGUGCAGCGCAUGGAGCUGGAGGGAGGCUGGCGGCUGCUCGGGACCUCGGCGGGGCACGAGGAGGGGGUCGCCCGGCUGGCCAGCGCCAUGGCCAAGUUUGCCGGCCCCCGGCUGCCCCUGGUGAUGAAGGAGCUCGUGUGCACACAGAGCAGCGCGUAUGAGAUCCAGCGGGUCACCUCCACGGGAUUCCUGGCCGAGCUGCUCAGCAGCAGCGUCGCGGACGACCUCCUGCUGCUGGAGCCCCUGCUGCACAACUUGGCGGCCCGGCAGAAGGACCCGUGUGCCAGCGUGCGGCGGCUGGUGCUCCGAGGCCUGGCCAACAUUGCUUCCGGCUCCCCGGACAAGGUGCGGGCCCACGGCCCCCAGCUCCUGACAGCUGUGAUCGGCGGGCUGGACGACAGGGACGACCCUCACAGCCUGGUGGCCCUGGAGGCCAUGGUGGGCCUUGCAAGGCUGUUGGACCUGGCGGAGCCCCAGGACCUGCGCCCCUUGCUGCUGCAUGUCGCCAUCCGUAUCCGGCCCUUCUUCGACAGCGAGAAGAUGGAGCUCCGUUCCGCCUCCAUCCGCCUCUUCGGGCACCUGAACAAGGCCUGCCACGGGGGCUGUGCGGACACGUUCCUGGAGCAGGUGGUUGGCGGGCUGGUGCCCCUGCUGCUGCACCUGCGGGACCCCCAGGCCCCCGUGACCAGCGUGAGUCUCCAAAGGGCACGGGUGGGCCAGGCCCGGCUCACGCAGGGGGGCUCACCGGAUGUCCCACAGGCCUGCAGGUUCGCCCUGCGCAUGAGCGGCCCCAACCUCAAGUGUGAGCAGCUGGCGGCCGCCCUGCAGCAGCACCUCCAGGACGGGCGGGGCCUGCACUUCGGAGAGUUCCUCAACUGCACCUGCAAGCUCCUGAUGCACCACUUCCCAGACCUGCUGGGCCGCCUGGUGAGCACCAGCCUGUUCUACUUCAAGAGCAGCUGGGAGGAUGUCCGCGCUGCCGCCCCCAUGCUCACAGGGUUCCUGGUGCUGCACGUGGAGGCCGAGCACCGGCCACAGGUGGACCUGGAGCAGCUCACGACAGCGCUCCAGCUGCUGCUCAAGGACCCAGCCCCCCUGGUGCGCAUGAAGGCUGCCGAGACGCUGGGCCGCCUGGUGAAGUUCGCCUGAGGCUCCCACAGCAGCACCAUCCCUACAAGCAGCAGGGGCCUGGGCCUGAACCCCAAGAUGGGGCCCUGAGGGGCCCCCUGCCGGAGACGGAGCGGGGAGCUGCCGGCGCCCCUGCCACGAGUCGAACGCCUGCCCUUCUGGAGGAGGCCGCUGGAGGCCACUGUGGGGGGCGGGGGGGCAAGCUGCUGUACCCCCCACUCCCGUCUCCAAUAAAGCCAUUGGCUCCUCA